GAUUUGCAAUAAAACUGCCACUUCUAAUUCCUGCUGUAGACAAAACAUAGCCUUUAGAUAUGGUUGACAAAAUUUCAACUGUGGCAAGUACCUGGCCAGGCCCCUGGAUUAUCUAAAUUCCCUGCUUUUCCAUUACCAGCUAAGGCCUGAAUGAUGAGCUUGUUCAGAUAUUAUCUAACAAGACAUAUGCACUCGUUUUUAUUGCAAAUAGCAUAUCUGUCCUUCCUGAAAGAUCAAGGUGAGCUUUUGUGUAGACAUCUCAAAUUUUAGUGCUGGAGUGAGUCUUUUUUAUUUUUGACUGGUGACUGAGGUAGACCUUAAAAGAAGAAAUGUUUGAAAGGGUUGCACUUAUCCCUAGUUCACAAAGCAACACACUUUAUUCACAUUCAGAAUUCCCAUCAAUAGAAGCAGUCUGGGAGGAUGUGUUGACACUGCUUAAGUAACCUAAUCCAAUGCCUUUGCCUCACCUGAACUUACUCCUCCCCCCCACAUAUUUUUUAUAGUUUGUGGACCAAAUAUUAGUUAUCAGUGGAAGAAGUUACUUGCAGAUCCUAUAGGUGCUAAACAAGUAUGUAUUGAAACUUAUCCUCUGGUGGUUUUUUUGAAGGGUUAGAAUGACAGUGAACAUUGGAUUUGAACAUUGAUAGAGCAAAGGUUUAGGAUCUGCAUCAAACUAAACUGACAUCUGUUGCUUUUCCGUAUCAAAACCCGAGCAGAAAUCUUUGCCUGUGAAUAAAGGGAUAUGUAAUCACUUCUCUACUACAGAGUUGCAUUAAAUUUGUAAUUCUAAAAAUAACUGCAGCCAUAUAAGGACAGUGAGUUUUGUAAUGUUCGGGAGUUAAUGUGCCAGAGGCGAAGAAUCUUGUAGCAAAGAUUCUGAGCUGUGGCCUGAGAGAGCAGCCUAGUGCAUAACCCACCAUCUCUGGUGUAGCAUGUUCAUAUCUAUUAAGGGUACAUCUAGGGGUAGUGAUUGAUGUAUUGGGGAUUGAUUUAUCGCGUCUAGUGUAGACACAGAUAAAUCGAUCCCCGUUUGCUCUGCUGUCGACUCCAGAACUCUACCACGGGAGAAGGGGAGUCAAGGGGGGAGUGGCAACCAUCGAUCCUGUGCUGUGAGGACAUGAAGUAAGUGAUUCUAAGUCGAUCGAAGAUGCGUCAACUUCAGCUACGCUAUUCUUGUAGCUGAAAUUCGAUAUCUUGGAUCGAUUUCCCCCCCCCCCAGUGUAGACCAGGCUUAAAUGUAGAAGCCCUGCAGGUGAAUACUGGCAUAAAAACAGUAGGACACAGCCUCAGCUCUUGUAAACCAGCAGAGCUCUGCUGAUUCUAGUGGAGCUAUACCUGUUUAUACUUGUUGAAAAUCUAGCCCAUGACUCAAAUACUUUCUCUGGCCUAAAUCUAUCGAAAACCUCAUUGUUAAAUCAAACUACUGUACAUUACAGCUGCAGCUUUGCUUCUGUUUCACCCUUGUGAAGAGGCUUUCUAUAGUGAUGGAACAACCCUUUCCAUUGCUGUAGGUAACCCCCUCUGCAAAGGGCAGUAGCCAGGUUGCUGGAAUAAUUCUUCUCAUGUCUCAGCAAUGUAGCUAGGUUAAUCUAAAUGUGAAGCGUAGACCAGCCCUGGAUCACAAUGGCUGAGUAUGUCUGAGUGUUUUUAUGACUAGAGAACUGCACUGACACCACCACUCCUGGAUUAAGGCAUAAGCAGGAUAGGUUUCAUGUCUAGGACCCCACCACGUGGUGUGGGGGGGGUUAGGAGUGUAUCUUAGCACCUCAGUUUCUGUUUAAAAGAAAAGGUUUAAUCCUCUGCUUUGGUUACCCUUGCCUAUGUGCAGCCAGCCUGGCCUAAUAACUGUGUUUCAUGGAAUGAUUGGCUGCAGGGCCUAUUUCCUUAGGGCCCUCUGCAGCAGCAGUCUCAUGGAGGCCUCUAGCUUGAGGAGACAGAAGAGUGCAGUGGACUAGGCCUGCUCAGGCAGCUGCGUGCUUGCUGUUGAUCCCUCCCCCGGGUUCCAUUCCUAGGGGCAGACGGAGGUUCCCUGGGGCUAGAGGGACCAGAUAGCAAGUGUAAAAAAAUCAGGACAGGGGGUGGGGGGUAAUAGGUGCCUAUCUAAGAAAAAGCCCCCCCCCCUAAACCAGGACUGUCCCUACAACAGUGGGAUAUCUGGUCCCCCUACAUAGGGCUCCCCCUGUCUCUCAGGGAGGAGGAAGGAGGGGCCUAGGAGCCUAUUAUCUUGCUGUGCCUAGAAAGCGUCUGACUGAUGUGCAGCCAGAGCAGCGACUUGCUGCUUCUCCAGCGGCGCAUGCCCACUUCAUGCGUCAGUCCCUGUGUCGUGGACUCCGCCCUCGCCCUCCGAGCAUGCGCUCUCGUUUCCUCGUCCCCGGGCUCCGCGCCUGCGCAGUGCCCAGAGGCGCCGGAGCUCUGUGGCGGCGGCGGGGAAAUGGCGGCCGUGGUGCUGGUGUCCGUGGAGAGCGGCUCGGGGAUGAUACCGGCCGGCAGCCCGGCUGCGUGCGGGGCUCCCGCGGGUCCCUGUGGGCCGGGGUCGUGGAGCCGUUCCCUGGACCGGGCCCUGGAGGAGGCGGCGGUGAGCGGGUCCCUGAGUCUGAGCGGCAGGAAGCUGCGGGACUAUCCGCGGGGCAGCGCCGCCAACCACGACCUGAGCGACACCACGCAGGCCGAUUUGUCACGGAACAGACUCUCGGAACUUCCUGCAGAAGUGUGUCACUUUGUUUCCCUUGAGAGCCUUAACUUGUACCAGAACUGCAUUCGUUACAUCCCAGAGGCCAUCCUGAAUCUACAGUCUUUAACAUUUCUAAAUAUCAGUCGAAACCAGCUUUCAACAUUGCCAGUACACAUGUGUAGUCUACCGUUGAAAGUUUUGAUAGCAAGUAAUAAUAAGUUGGUCUCACUACCUGAAGAAAUUGGACAGCUCAGACACCUGACAGAGCUUGAUGUGAGCUGUAAUGAAAUACAGACAAUACCUCCACAGAUUGGCAGUCUGGAGUCUUUGCGUGACCUGAACAUCAGGAGAAAUCAUUUGGUGCAUUUACCUGAAGAGCUUGCAGAAUUGCCUUUGAUUCGAUUCGAUUUCUCCUGCAAUAAAAUCACAACAAUUCCUGUUUGUUAUCGGAACCUCAGGCAUCUUCAGACAAUCACACUAGAUAACAACCCUCUACAGUCACCCCCGGCACAGAUAUGCAUAAAAGGAAAAAUCCACAUAUUUAAAUACCUGAACAUAGAAGCAUGCAAGAUAGCUCCAGACUUGCCUGAUUAUGAUAGGAGGCCCAUGGGAUUUGGCUCUUGCCAUGAGGAACUGUACUCCAGUCGUCCCUAUGGAGCACUAGAUUCUGGUUUCAAUAGUGUGGACAGCGGAGACAAAAGAUGGUCAGGGAAUGAACCUACAGAUGAGUUCUCAGACCUCCCUCUGCGAGUGGCAGAGAUCACUAAAGAGCAGAGACUGCGAAGAGAGAGAGAGUACCAGGAGAACCGAGGGAGCACGGUUGUAACUAAUGGUGGAGUGGAACACGAUCUGGAUCAGAUUGACUAUAUUGAUAGCUGUGCCACGGAAGAGGAAGAGGAAGAGGUGAGGCAACCCAAGUGCAUGGAGUCAGAGAGCCUCAGCUCACAAUUCAUGGCCUAUAUUGAACAACGGCGAAUCUCUCAUGAGGGCUCACCAGUAAAGCCAGUGCCCAUCAGAGAUUUUCAGAGAACAGAAGACACAAGACGAUACUUGCAUCAAAAUAGGGAUACUGAUGAAUUACGAAGACCAGAAACACUAACCUUGAUGCAGGACAGAGAGCGACACCAAGGACAGAGGAGUUAUGUAGACAAGGCAGAGAGAGCUCCAGCUGAUUCAUCUUACCUUCUAUCUCUGUCCAACAACCACAGUCAGAUCUCUCAUACAGACGUUGAACUUCACCGAAGGCGAGAGCAUGUAGUGGAGCGCACUCGGAGAGAGGCCCAGCUCGCAGCACUUCAGUAUGAGGAGGACAGGAUGAGGACGAAACAGAUCCAGAGGGAAGCUGUGCUUGACUUUGUCAAACAAAAGGCAUCCCAGAGUCCUCAGAAGCAAAGUCCUCUGGAUAGUGAGUGUCCUUUUCCAUCCAGAAGGUCUCAGCACACUGAUGAUAGUGCCUUGUUAGUGUCGCUGUCAGGGUUGAAUCAAGAGGGCUGUGCUACCACCCUGCCUCAUGCCUUCAGAUCUGUCAAGAGUGAUGACAGACCCACUAUAUCAGCAGCUUCACCGACUACCCAAACAGUCCACCUUUCCUCUCUGUAUCCUGGCCCUGCCGCUCCUCCUUCCUAUAGAAACCCUUCCCAGCGACCUGAGAGUUUCCUUUUCCGAGCAGCUGUAAGGGAUGAAAUGAACAAAGCUGUUGCUUCAUCUCCCUCUUCUGCCACAUCUCCUCCUAAUGAUUCUACAGACCCCAAAGCAAGGCAGAACUCCAAGCAACGUGAGGAAGAGUUGGAGCUAAUAGAGCAACUGCGGAAGAAUAUUGAGUCACGGUUAAAAGUGCCUUUGCCCAGUGAUCUUGGAGCAGCUCUUACUGAUGGAGUUGUUCUCUGCCACUUAGCCAAUCAUGUGCGGCCUCGAUCUGUUCCCAGCAUCCAUGUCCCCUCGCCUGCUGUACCUAAGCUAACAAUGGCAAAAUGCAGACGAAAUGUGGAGAAUUUCCUGGAAGCUUGCAGAAAGAUUGGUGUGCCUCAGGAGCGAUUAUGUUUGCCUCUGCAUAUUUUAGAAGAGAAAGGUUUGACACAGGUAGCAGUGACAGUCCACGCACUUCUGGAGCUUGCACCCCCAAAGCAGCAGCAUCACCACUUGUCUGCUGCGUAAAGAUCUCCAGGACCUUUUGGUUUCCCUUGGCUAAGCAGAAGAACAUGAAGACUUUACUGCUGGUGCAGUGUAUCCAAACACACAGAGCUCGGUUCUAAGAAGGAAAUUAGCUUCUGUGAUUCCUGACAGGAAUGUUUUGCUUCAUUUCUCCACUUUUUUGGAGAUCACACCAGUUUCCAUUAAAUUUUUUACCAAUAUUUUUUCCCCUUUAUAAAGUGAGGUUUUUUCCGUGGGGAAAAUUCCUUUGUCUGGUUGUUUAGAAGCAUCUGUUAAAACUGACUAUGUAGAUGUAGGGGAUUUAUAUAUACAGUUGGAAAAACUGUAAGAUUCCUACUAGGAUGUAUUUCCAAAGGGGAUGUUUCCAUUGCAACACAGUGAUGGAGACUGCUUGUCCUCCCCAGGAGUCCCAGAGAGAGUUUUCCCUGCUUCUAAGAAACGCCAGCUCUUUCCAGUGCAUAUAAAGAUCACAGGUUAAGACUGUGUUUUGAAGCUGAUGAGUCUCGGUUUUUCAAAGCAAGACUGAAAGUGAUACUUCAGUCUGUAUUGGCAUGUCCUCAAUAUUCAAAAAAUAUAGAGAGUGCUGUUUUUUUCCAGGGAAAACAUACUGCUUGUUACCUCUAUAAGUAACACACAUUUCAGUGAAAGAUACUAAACCAUAACUGUUCAAAUAGUUUCAUUAAACAAAUCAAAAUAUUUGCUGGCUUUAAGCUUCUGUUGGUUAUAAAUCUCUCUUUGUAUUGGAAUCUUCCCCACUUCAGUGGGAAAGAUCUUACCCCUUUCUUGCCCUCUCCUACCCAUCAUGGGGACUCGGUUACUAAAUGGUAAUGUUAAAUUGGUCUAUGGCUUGUAUGUGCUGCAAAUCAUGACUGAAGAUUUUCCUAUGGAGAAUCAUGUACCUAUUUUCAUUUCAGUGCAAAUAAUCAUAAGCUAUCAAACCAUCAUUAGAGAUCUGUUAUCCAAUUCUGUUUUCAAUUGAAAACAACACAUAACCACCCCCUUACACCAAUGAAGACCCCAGUUAUGUAGGAACAAAUUAUUGUAGGAAAGAAUGAGAUUAUUGAAUUCCUGGAGUGGUUCUGUGUGUUGGCAUAACGCUCAGCUUUCAAAAUGCCAGUCUUUUGCAAAAGGAAAUUUCUGCGGGUGGGUUUGAGAGAAUGUGUUGUUAAAGCAUGUUUUCUUGUAGUUCAUACAGUGCUAUAAACUGCCUUUACUCCCCUCCGCCUACCUCCUUUUCUCCAAAAAAUGGAAAUUCAAAAUAUGUGAACAGGAAACUGAAAAUAAGGUAUGAUGUUACUUUAAAGGUGACUGGCAAAGUCCAGAAUUCUCUGCUGCCUUGGCCCCCUGACUAGGCUGGGUCACAUCCAGCCCUGUAGUAACUUUAUUUUUUGAUAUAGUAACAAUUUAAAAAUCCUGUUCUCCCACAAUGAAAUCCUCUUGCUAUUUCCUGGGGUAUCCCAGAAGACACCUCUGCCAUUAUCAUGGAUUGCACAGGGUGUGAAUGAGACUUCUGGUAUUUGUGGUGUUCCAUUCUGGGGUAUUGUUAGUGAACCAGUAAUACCAAGAGGUUUUCAGAAGGGAUGAAGUGAGCAGAAGAGAUGGAAAAAGGGUUAGUUAAAAGUUUUCUUUGCUGUAAUAAGCCUGGUCAUGGAAACAUUUGAGCACAGAAGUCUGGGCUUAGCUGAAUUUUCCCUUUAGAUUUGUCAUUCCAUUCUCACCCUGAUUUGUUUGCAUAAUAAUUAUUUCAUGGUAGCUUGUGGUAACUGUUGUCUCAACGAUUUCACAUAAGGAAAUAUUUUGCUUCAUAUUGGUGUUGACGCCACUGAUCACACCAUAAGUCUAGAAAAACACAUGAAGGAUAUUUAAAACUAGAGUCGCACAGUUGAUAAGAGAAAAUAUUUUCAUAAUGUGUAAGUGGCUGCCUUGGUUUCUGGAAGAUCUGAGUAUGCCAGUAACGUGCAUCAUAAAAAGGAAGAGAGCAGCUCUGUACAGGUAUACCUUCCCCCAGCAAACGGUUAGACUGUGUUCACAGCACCUUGUUCCAAGCAGUGCGGCCAGUUCAGAUAUUUCUUGGGAGGAGGCAGGUUUUUUCAACCCUGUGCCGCCCGGUCCCACAGCCAGCCCUACUCUCCCCUUGUCACCCAUUCCCCAGGGUAGUGGGAGGAGUUGUCAUUGCAACGUGGAGCAGGCGGGGCACACGGACUGGGCACUCCGGCCCAUCAGUGGUGGCAGCACAGGCUCCCCAGUGCUGCAGCUCCCUGCCAGGCUGGGGGUUCUCAUUUCAGCACUGCCAGCCCUUGGGUUCUUCUACCAGCGGCAGAGACUAGCCUCUCUGCAGCCAGCUCCGUGCACCCCAGGAUGGGACCAUCAGCAGCUUCUCUGCCUCCCCUCCCUGCUGGCUCGAGGCUUCCAGCAACGCCCAGUGGAGAGGCCGGCGGUUCUUGGAGGGCCCAGCAGGCAGAGCGGGAUUGGGUGCCGCGCGUCCCCUCCAGAGCUCCCGCCUCCCUCACGCUGCUCCCUACCCCUCCUCCCUGAUGGCGCAAAACCUUGCAACCCUCUGCAGGUUGUGACCCCCCGUUUGGAAAACUCUGAUAUAGACAAUUCUGCCAUAGACCAUAAAUGCUUCCUUAGGGGUUGUCUACAAAUCAUUGUUAAAGGGGAGUAACAAAUGAAUCUGAAUUCUCAGUACUAGAUACUUUGCAUUCUGUGUACCUGGGUAUUAGGUUUUGUUUAAUAGAUCAAAAGAAAUCUGUUAAACUUAAUGUGGAAUUGUGAGAGUCUGUUAUUUGCUCCAGCCCAGCUUCCCGGACUUACAGAAACUGACUGUAACAGCAUUCAUGUUGGUAGAAGUUGGACAUUUCAUAAAUGUUAAUUUUUGGAAAACUAACCACACCUUUACCCCGAUAUAACAUGAAUUCGGAUAUAACGUGGUAAAGCAGUGCUCCAGGGGGGCGGGGCUGCGCACUCCGGUGGAUCAAAGCAAGUUCGAUAUAACGCGGUUUCACCUAUAAGAUUUUUUGGCUCCCGAGGACAGCGUUAUAUCGGGGUAGAGGUGUAUUUGGAGUUUGAGCCUGACUUUCAGUGAAUAGCCACUUCUCAGUGUGUCUUGUAAAAUCAGCCACUGUCGCACACACGUGUGUAGACGAAUUUUACAUCAGCAACUAUGCUUGUAUGCCUGGUCAGGUGUAUGCUCCUAGUUUCUUUACAGUUCUAAACAAACGUUUCACUCGAGCAAGUACACAUUUGUGUGGUCAUGUUAGUUUGACUCUUUAAUUUUCUGUUUUCGUGCUGGCAAACACUAAACGUUGACCAGACAUCGAGGAUGAAAAUCCAAAUCGGAAAUUUCAAGAUACGGUUUAUUUUUGAUGUAUUAUACCAAAAAACCCUUCCAUUUUCUGUUGUAAAUAAAUGGGUUGGGAUUUUUUGGUAUAUUUAUGUGCAAUUUUUGUUAUAUCCAGUGAAAAAAUAUUUUAAAGAAAACACAUUAGAUUUCAUUUUGUGUGCUAAAGCAAGAAUCAAUUGUGGUCUUUCCCUUUUGGGGCAUUUGUGUUGGGGAAAAAUCCAUUUCAGAGUGUAGCGCUUGCUAGUAGGUUUAUGUUAACUCCGCUGUGUUGUUACCCUUACACAAACCUUGCUAAGCACUGAAGAACAUUGAGGAUCGAUAACGUUAAGAAAUAGAAAUUGAAGUGGCACUGGCACUUAAUGGUCCUUGAUGGUGUUGAAAUGAUCUGGUCAGGAAAUAGGGGAUUUUGAUUUCUCCUCCUUGAGAGCUAGUGACGGGGGAAACUUGUUCGGAAAGCCCCUUCCUUGCUGGGUUAUUAAAUUCUAGACAACGUUUUACAGCACUGAGAACACUUCUGUUGCUCUUAGCAGUGACGUGAUAACUGGUGUUUUUUUUUUUUAUCUUUUUAUGACUUUAAAUGGUUCUUUGACAUUUUUGUUUUAGAAGCAGAGGAAUUCUAAGGUGGAUUUAAACAUUUUAAAAAAUCGUUUGUAUAGAUAUUGUGUUUUACAAACAAUCUAAUUUUGUUUCUGAAAACCUUGUAAACGUGUAAUUAAUAGAGUAAAGGAUUUUUAAAGCUCUGCCUAUACUUGUAUGUCUGUAAAUACAUUCCAUAAUUUCUAAGACUGUUAAGUAUAAAUAUGCCAGAAUAUUGUGUACUUUAUUUUAAAUUGCCUGUAUGCUGCUAGUUGUGUGAACUUCUAGCACACUGAUAAUAUAAAACCAAAUACCUGGGUAAUUUGAAAUAAAGUUUUAAAACCUA